ACAUGCAUUGUACACAUACACAUAUAAUAGUUGCUGUUAAAAAAAGAGGUAGAAACUAGAAAGAAUUGUUGUCGUGGCCAUGGUUAUUAUGAUUAAUUAAGCAUAUAUAAGGAACCAAAAGAGAGAGAGAGGGAGAGGUGAAGCAUUCGUGCGGCAAGCAAGAAAACUACCACUCGAACAUGAUGGAGAUGGACAACUUAUUGUGGACUCUGUUGGCCACAGCAACUCUUUUGUUCUCCAUAGUACUUCUCCACCACAGAAGGACCAACUUCCGACUAAGCUCCUCCUCCUCCUCUUCGUCGUCCAAAUACGAAGGAAAACUCCCCCUUGGCAGUCUAGGAUGGCCCCUUCUCGGGGAAACCCUCGAGUUCAUCUCUUGUGCUUACUCCGACCGCCCGGAGAGCUUCAUGGAUAAACGCUGCCGGAUGUAUGGGAAAGUGUUCAAGUCACACAUAUUUGGAACCCCAACGAUUGUUUCAACAGAUGCAGAAGUCAGCAGAGUUGUUCUGCAUGAUGUCAAGGCAUUCGUACCGUCUUACCCGAAAUCUAUCACCGAGUUGAUGGGAAAAUCCUCCAUUUUGCUCAUCAAUGGGAGUUUACAGAGGACCGUUCAUGGACUCAUAGGAGCUUUCAUCAAGUCUCCCCAUCUCAAAGCUCAGAUCACCAGAGACAUGAUGAAGUAUAUCCAAGAAUCAAUGGAUAAGUGGAGAGAAGACCAACCCAUAUACAUCCAAGAUAAAACCAAAAAUAUUGCCUUCCAAGUACUUGUGAAGGCAUUGAUUAGUUUGGAUCCAAGUGAAGAAAUGGAAUAUCUCAAAGAACAGUUCCAUGAAUUUAUCUCAGGUCUAAUGUCUUUACCUGUAAAGGUACCUGGAAGUCAACUUUAUCGCUCCUUAGAGGCGAAGAAGAAAAUGGUUAAGAUGCUUCACAAAAUCAUCCUAUCCAAGAGGAAUUCAGGCAUGCCAACAGUUCCAAGAGAUGUCAUGGAUACUUUGCUCCAAGACACAAGUGGGAAAUUAACAGAUGAUCUCAUAGCAGAUAAUAUGAUUGAUAUGAUGAUACCAGGGGAGGAAUCAGUGCCGGUCCUAAUGACUCUUGCAAUAAAAUACCUUUCAGAUUGCCCUGCAGCUCUGCAGCAAUUGACGGAAGAAAAUAUGAAGUUGAAAAGAGACAAAGAUCAGAAUGGAGAACCAUUGUGCUGGAAUGAUUUUUUGUCAUUACCUUUCACACAAAAUGUUAUUACAGAAACUCUAAGGAUGGGAAACAUCAUAAUUGGGGUGAUGAGAAAAGCCACCAAAGAUAUAGAGAUAAAAGGGUAUCUAAUCCCCAAAGGAUGGUGCUUUUUUGCAUAUUUUAGAUCAGUUCAUCUUGAUGAAAAUCACUAUGAUUGGCCUUAUCAGUUCAAUCCUUGGAGGUGGCAAGAAAUAGACACAAGCAACCAUAACUUCACACCAUUUGGCGGUGGACAAAGGCUAUGUCCUGGACUUGACUUGGCCAGGCUAGAAGCUUCCAUUUUCCUACACCGCUUUGUUACUCAGUUCAGGUGGGUGGCAGAGGAAGAUACCAUUGUCCACUUCCCCACAGUAAGAAUGAAGAGAGGAAUGCCAAUUUGGGUCAAAAGGAAAGAAGAGUACUCUUAGCAGCAAGGCUAAAAGCUACUUUGGCCAAGAGAGAACAAAGUUUCAACAGAAACUUCCAUACAAUCAUUCAAAAACAUCCAACUUGAAUGGACAAAAGCCAGAGAAAAAUCAAAAAGGGGAGGUGAGUUUGGCAAAGUGCACACGUGUGGGAAGGCAUCAAGACAGCUGACAGUCUGUCAUCUUCCACAGCAAUUUGCAGAGAUAUAGAAGUGUUUACUUUUUGUGGGGUCUCUUGAAAUUAUAUGUUCCUUUGAUAUUUGAAUGAUUCUUGUGUCUUAUCCCCUUUUUUUACCCUUUUUAAUUAGCUUUGUACACUUGCAAUAAUUAAAAGGUUAGUUA